GCUUGUUGGCCGGAACGGAUUAGUUCAGUUAGUGGUGCUCUGUUUAGGUUUCUGGGGAAGGACGGGAAGACACAACGAAGCAGUGUAACUACGGCCUUCGGACAGUAGCAUGCAAAAGAUGCUCACCGUAAUUUCUAAAGUGUUGAGAGGCACCGUCACAAAAAAUUCUUCCACAAGGAGAGCUAUUCUCCAGCUGCUGGCAGCCCAGUCCGAGUAUGCUGACUUAACCUCGCCCCCCGACACGGCGCCGCCACAAAGACCCAGCUUAGAUUUAGACUCUUCUCACCUGGGAAUCUGCACCACUGUGCCUGAGAUAGUCGCGCCUUCGCCUCACCCAGGAGUCAGUACCUGUCAGGCCUUCCCAGUCGUGCCUUGUGCAGAACCAGCUGUGAACAGCAGACCUGUUGAGGACUUCACAAGUUCAAAAAAUUCAGUGCUCUCUUCCAGGCACACUAUGGAGUGUCUGUUUCCACAAGACUCUGAGACAGAGGGACACAAAGCAGAACUCAGUUUAGCUGGAACACCAGAGCACAUAGAGACUGCAGAACCUGCAUUAAAUACAGUCCAACCCAGCCCAGAAUUUUUCCCACCAGAACCUACUGUUAAUACCGAAAUAGCCACCCCAGUAUUAACCUCACUAGAACCCCCAGCUAAUGUGGAACAAACCAGCCCAACCUCAUUAGAACUUGCAGUGAAUAUGGACCAAAACAGCCUGCAAAUAACCCCAUUAGAACUUGCAGUGAGUAUGGACCAAAACAGCCCACAAAUAACCUCAUUAGAACCCGCAGUAGAUAAAGACCAUUCCAUCCUACAAUUAACCUCGCUAGAACCUACAGGAAGUGCAGAUCCAACAAGCCCUGAAUUAUCCCCACUAGAACCCACAGUGAAUGGAGAGCAAUCAAACCCAGAAUUAAUAUCAGCAGAACCCGUGAUAAGUACUGACCAACCCAGCCCAGAGUUAAGCUCACUGCAGCCCACAGUAAAUCCAGACCAACCCAGCCCAGAGUUAACAUCCCCAGAUCCAGCUGCCACUACCAGCACGCCCGCUGGACACGCCCCUUUGUCUGAGCCUGGGCCUGCAGUGUGCUGCGAGGUGCCCGCCUCAGAUAUAGCAUUCCCCCAACGCCCGGUGAAUACCCACAGGCUGACUGAGGACUUACCCUUACCAGAGCCACAGCUUGCUGGAACCAGGGUAGUAGUGUCGGCGCGCACCUACGCAGACUUCACCCCACAGGCUACCUUCGAUAUAAAGAAAUGUGAUUUGCACCGCUUCGAGGAAGGCCCGCCCACGCAGUCGGUCCUAACGCGGGAGGAGGGGCUGCAGUACUACCGCACCAUGCAGACCAUGAGGCGCAUGGAGCUGAAGGCCGACCAGCUGUACAAGCAGAAGAUCAUCCGCGGUUUCUGCCACCUGUAUGACGGCCAGGAGGCGUGUGCUGUGGGCAUCGAGGGAGGCAUCAACCUCACAGACCACCUGAUCACGGCGUACCGUGCUCACGGCUACACUCUCACCCGAGGGGGCACCGUGAGGGAGAUCAUGGCGGAGCUCACUGGAAGGAGGGGUGGCAUUGCCAAGGGAAAGGGAGGCUCCAUGCACAUGUACACCAAGAACUUCUACGGAGGGAACGGCAUUGUGGGUGCUCAGGUGCCGUUGGGAGCGGGCGUGGCACUGGCAUGCAAGUACCAGGGGAAUAACGAGCUGUGCGUCACACUUUACGGCGACGGAGCAGCCAACCAGGGUCAGAUCUUUGAGACCUACAACAUGGCUUCUCUGUGGAAGCUGCCAUGCAUCUUCAUCUGCGAGAACAACAAGUACGGCAUGGGCACCUCUGUGGAGCGUGCCGCCGCCAGCACCGACUAUUACAAGCGAGGAGACUUCAUUCCCGGGCUCAGGGUGGACGGAAUGGAUGUCCUGUGUGUGAGGGAAGCCACCAAGUUUGCUGCAGACCACUGUAGAGCCGGGAAGGGCCCUGUUGUCAUGGAACUCCAGACAUACCGUUACCAUGGUCACAGCAUGAGUGAUCCUGGAGUCAGUUACCGUACUCGUGAGGAGAUCCAAGAGGUGCGCAGUAAGAGUGAUCCCAUCUCCAUGCUGAAGGACCGUAUGCUCAGCAACAACAUGGCCAGCGUGGAGGAACUCAAGGAAAUUGAUGUAGAGGUGCGGAAGGAGAUUGAGGAUGCGGCACAGUUUGCCACCACCGACCCCGAGCCCCCGCUGGAGGAUCUUUGCAACCACAUCUUCUACAACGAGCCGCCCAUGGAGGUGCGCGGCACCAACCCCUGGAUGAAGCUGAAGUCUGUCAGCUGAGGGCCUAGAGAAGCCCCACCCCACAGCCCCACCCCGUCACUCCCCUCUAACCCCACCUACUCAUCCCUGCGGCCAGGUGCCAGAAGAGACUCCAUCGACACACACGCCCAGUUCCAAGGCUGCUAGCCCCCUUUUCCUCCCAGCCAGGACCCAAACUCCCAUGCUCCACCCACCCAGGAGGGAUCAGUUUGUGUCCAGGCUGGGCUCAGCAACAUUCAGCACUUCAGCCAAGGGUUGGAAAUAUAGUCAAUGUAAUGGUUUAAGUAACUUUGUAAAGCAUAUACUUGCCUUAUUAUUCAUGUUAACAUUAUUAUUUUAUUGUGUUUUGGUGUUAAAUAAAAUAAGGAUUAACGGUUUAAGGGGUAAAAGGGAUCUUUUCAUUUUGCCAAAACAAAUGUUCCUUGAAUGAUAAAGCCUUUACGUUUCUUGGCCACUGGUCGUGUUGUUACAUUUAGAAACUUUAGAAUUUAAACAAAUUAAAAUUGUCCAAAGACUUGUCUUCAGAGGCCAAGAGAGUUGUAGCCCUAGGCCGAACAAGACCUCGAUGCCACCCCUCAGUUGGAGUCGAAACCUUGAACUUCUAUGAGUAAUAUCAAUUAUCCAUUUUUGUUGCGCAUAAGGUUUUGUUAGUUGCUGUACGUUAAUAUUAAGAAAUAUCAAAUGUUUUCCAUCUGUAGACCAUCAGUGACAGAGAAACUAAAAUGGGAAUAUAGAAUCGACCUCCUCUUCUCUGUCUGUAGCAUUGAGUAACAUGCGAGUGAGACAUGGGUUGUCACCGGGAGGGUUCAGUGAGUUAUAAUGUACACAGGGUGGAUAUGGUUCUAUGUUGACUCUAGGUGUUGAGGAAGGGAGAGUGAUGGAAAGAGAGUUUGUGGAGGUCCGCAAAAUUAAAUCCUGAAAAUAUCAAGGGUGUUACCUGACAUUGUGCUUGUGCUGUCUAAAGGAAAUAAAUACAUUGGAAUGUCCAAA